AAACCAUAAAAUCCCAAACCCUAACGCUUUCUCAUCAGUUGCUCUCCUGCUUCUGCAACUCAUAGCCACCCACAGCCUUCGAAAGCAGGAGAAAGCAUACAAGUCAUUGCUCCCCUCUAUAAGAUCAUGCCCUCCAUAGCUCUGGCUAAUAAAUUUUCAGAUUCCAAAGACAAGAAAGAGAAUAAGAUGAAGAAGAAAAUAGCUUUGGAAACUUCAGAGCCAGACUCUGCAAAUCCGGGCAAGACGAAGAACUUGAUGGCGUUUAAGACUGAAGAUGAAAUCUUUUCUGACAAGAAGGAGAAGACGAAAGAUAAGAAGAAACGAAAAGCUGUAGACAUUCACUCUGAAGAUGAACAGAGGAGCGAGACGAGCUCGGAGCUUGUGGAGCCAGUGAAUUUGAAGGCAAAGAAAACAAAAAAGAAGAAUAAGAAGGCUAAGGUCGCCCAAGAGGAGGAUGAGGAGGUACAAGAAGAGGUACCGAAGGCCAAGGAUCCUAAUGCGAUCUCGAGGUUUCGCAUUUCUGAUCCUCUGAGGGAGAAGCUCAAGGCCAGAGGGAUCGAGUCGUUGUUCCCAAUUCAGGCCAGGACCUUCGAUGAUAUUCUCGACGGCUCUGACUUGGUUGGUCGCGCCCGAACUGGUCAGGGUAAAACUCUGGCUUUUGUGUUACCUAUUUUGGAGUCGCUAACAAAUGGACCUGCAAAAGCAUCAAGAAAGACAGGGUAUGGUAGGCCUCCAAGCGUUCUGGUUCUUUUACCCACCAGGGAAUUAGCCAGUCAGGUGUACGAUGACUUCAAAGUUUAUGGUGAGACACUGGGUUUGACAUCCUGCUGUUUAUAUGGAGGAGCUUCAUACAAUCCUCAAGAGAUGAGCCUAAAAAGAGGGGUGGAUAUAGUUGUUGGAACCCCAGGCCGCAUAAAGGAUCACAUAGAGAGGGGCAAUAUUGACUUAAGCUUGCUGAAAUUCCGAGUCCUUGAUGAGGCUGAUGAAAUGUUGAGGAUGGGCUUUGUUGAAGACGUUGAACUUAUUCUUGGAAAAGUUGAGGAUGUAAGCAAAGUUCAGACUCUUCUCUUCAGUGCCACCUUGCCAGAUUGGGUGAAACAUAUUUCUUCUAGAUUUCUUAAACCAACCAAGAAAACCAUAGAUCUUGUUGGUAAUGAGAAAAUGAAGGCUAGUACCAGUGUUAGGCAUAUUGUCCUUCCCUGUUUUACUUCAGCGAUAACUCAGCUUAUUCCUGAUAUUAUUCGUUGUUAUAGCAGUGGAGGCCGUACAAUUAUUUUCACUGAGAAAAGGGAAUCUGCAAAUGAACUUGCUGGUUUGUUACAUGGAGCACGGGCUUUACAUGGGGAGAUACAACAGUCUCAACGCGAGGUCACCCUUUCUGGGUUCAGGUCGGGCAAAUUCAUGACAUUGGUAGCCACAAAUGUCGCAGCUCGGGGACUUGAUAUAAAUGAUGUGCAAUUAAUAAUCCAGUGUGAACCACCUCGUGAUGUAGAAGCUUAUAUACAUCGUUCUGGACGGACAGGAAGAGCAGGCAAUACUGGAGUUGCUGUAAUGCUCUAUGAUCCGAGGAGGUCCAAUAUAUCAAAGAUUGAAAAAGAAUCUGGUGUGAAAUUUGAGCACAUUGCUGCCCCUCAGCCAGCUGAUAUUGCCAAAGCUGUUGGUGUUGAAGCAGCAGAAAAAAUAACUCGAGUUUCUGACAGUGUGAUUCCUGCAUUCAAGUCUGCAGCAGAGGAUCUAUUAAAUACAUCGGGCUUGUCAGCAGUAGAUUUACUUGCAAAAGCCCUUGCCAAGGCUGCUGGCUAUACUGAGAUAAAGAGUAGAUCACUUCUAACAUCCAUGGAAAACCAUGUCACGGUGCUACUUGAAGCUGGAAAACCCAUCUAUACACCAUCAUUUGCUUUUGCCAUCUUGAGGAGAUUCUUACCUGAGGAUAAGAUGGAGUUGGUGAAGGGUAUGACCCUGACAGCUGAUGGGAAUGGUGCUGUAUUUGAUGUGCCUGGUCCAGAUCUGGACAUAUUUCUUGCUGGCCAGGAAAAUGCAGCUAAUGUCAGCAUACAGGUGUUACAAGCAUUGCCACCCUUGCAAGAAAGAGACCAAUCAAGGGGAAGAUUUGGUGGUGGUGGUGGUAGGUUCUCAGGGGGCAGAGGUGGCAGGGGCAGGGGAUUUUCUGGUGGAAGGAAUGGUAAAUUCUCUAAUGGCUUUGGCGGUGGGAAAAAAUGGUGAGGGACCUAAAUCUGUAGGAACAAAUGGCAAGCAGCCAAGGCCUCUAAUUUUGUUUCCAUGAUUGAUGAGGAUUGGCAGCGUUGAUUUACAGCUACAGGAAGAAGAAUCUUUUUUUGAUAAUGAAGAAAAUACGUAAUCUGCAGGAUGAAGAAUCAUUUUUUGAUAAUGAAGAAAAUACGUAAUUACAGUCCAAAGGAUGUAAAGUCAGGAUUGCUAACGCAGCAAUACAUAUUAGUGUUUAUCCUUUUUUUUUUCCCAUGAAAUUGAUAGGUUAUGCUAUUUGUAUUUGAUUUAUUGGGAAUUUUGUUGUCACCCCAUUUUGUAUUGAAUUCUGCUGGAAAUUACGCAAUUUUAGCUAUUUGACUAACAAUGGGACCCGUAUUUAUAAUAAUUUCUCUUAUUUUGUUC